GGUGGCCGAGGUUUGGGACCAGCGACCGCCACAGCUGCUGCAGCCUUCCUCAGGCGAGUCUCCUCCUUUCAUUCAUCCUCCUCAUCCUGCUCAUCCAAGAUGCCUCGGGUGGACUCAGACCUCAAGCUGGACUUUAAGGAUGUCCUGUUCAGACCCAAGAGGAGCAGCCUGAAGAGUCGUUCAGAGGUUGAUCUUCAGAGGACGUUUACAUUCCGCAACUCCAAGCAGACCUACACGGGCAUCCCCAUUAUUGCAGCCAACAUGGACACCACAGGAACGUUUGAGAUGGCAAAGAUUUUCAGUAAACACACCCUCUUCACAGCCAUUCAGAAGCACUACUCUGUUGAAGACUGGACAAACUUCGCUGCUAAUCACCCAGAAUGCCUAGAGCAUGUAGCUGCCAGCUCAGGGAGCGGUAAUGCCGAUCUGGAAAAGCUGUGUUCCAUCUUGGAGGCCGUUCCUGCCCUCAAGUACAUCUGUUUGGACGUGGCCAAUGGCUACUCUGAGUACUUUGUUGAGUUUGUCAAGACAGUGAGAGAAAAGUUUCCCAAACACACCAUCAUGGCUGGAAAUGUGGUAACGGGGGAGAUGGUGGAAGAGCUCAUCCUCUCUGGUGCUGAUAUAAUCAAAGUGGGCAUCGGGCCAGGUUCUGUGUGCACAACCAGGAUCAAGACAGGAGUUGGUUAUCCACAACUCAGCGCUGUUAUAGAGUGUGCAGACUCAGCUCAUGGACUCAAAGGACACAUCAUCUCUGACGGUGGUUGCAGUUGCCCAGGAGAUGUAGCAAAGGCCUUUGGUGCCGGGGCAGACUUUGUGAUGAUGGGAGGAAUGCUCGCAGGCCAUGACCAGUGCUCAGGAGAGAUCAUUGAGAAGAAUGGCAAGAAGUACAAACUCUUCUACGGGAUGAGCUCUGACACAGCCAUGAAGAAGUACGUGGGUGGAAUCGCUGAGUACAGGGCGUCCGAGGGGCGGACGGUGGAGGUUCCUUACAGAGGAGAUGUAGAAAUCACCAUCCGUGACAUUCUGGGGGGACUCCGCUCCACCUGCACCUACGUGGGCGCAGCCAAACUCAAGGAGCUGAGCCGCAGAACCACUUUCAUCCGUGUCACGCAACAGUCCAGUCACAUGUUCUCUUAGGAGAGGAAAUAUCCUCCCCUGCUCCAAACAAGCCCACUGGCUGCAUCAUAUUGUGCAUGACUAUGCAAGGGUGUCUGCUCAGGGUGUCGAAAGGCUCCAAAUUCAGCCAAGUUUGACAUGCAGUCACUCAUUUUAUCCACAAAGCAAGUGUAUUCACAUGCUUAUAAUUAGGAAUGUAUUGUGGUUUUGGAUGAGGAUGAGCAAAUAUCAGGCUGCAUUUAAAAUUUACAGGAUAAAUGCUUCCCAGUUUGUGGGAAAUGAAAGUACAAAGAACGUACAAAAUAUCAGGGAUGUACAAAAAUGUUCAGCUGGUUUUGCAAGAUUUUAUCUGGAGGAGGAUGAGGUCAAUCAGGGAGUGACUUAUUUGAAAUGAAGGAAAGCAAUGCGCAAAAAAUGAACAACUCCACAUUUUCUCUGGAGAAAUCAUGUGGUAAUAAACUCACUGCAGAAAUCUGUUUAUUCCCUCAGUGUUGUUUGAGAUUCUUUAAAGCAUCUCCAAAGGAGUCAGUGUUUGCAUUCGUCUGCAUGUAGUUUCAGAGACGAGGAGGAGCACUUCUGGAUUCAAACACUUCAAAUAUUUAGCUGAUUUGAGAUGCAGCUGCUUUCAAACACACACAUCCUACUCAUCUGCACUGCUUUUAGUGAGCCUGGUCGUUUAAAAUCAACCACGAGCAAAAUUUGUGCCUCUUGUACCAAAAACCCUUUAAUUGUAGAAAGCACUUUAAAUAAGAGUUGCAUUGUUC